AUGCAACGAGAACGCUUUCGGCGCCUGGGCAUUCCUGCCAUUGAGAAUCAGCGUCGUCUGCCUCGUAAGGCGGAGCGUGUUGACGUUCAGCGAAGGGUUUCUACUCGAAAGUCGCAGGUUAAAGAGGCGGCGUCUGCCACCAGCAGACAAGAAAACAUAGAUGCCGCCAGGGCAGUGCACGAGAGCGUGGAUAGCAGGUCGAUGUCACUCUCAAACUCAAUACAAAAUAUUUUUAUUUUGCCUCAUCACAACACCGCGGCGAACUCCAUUCUCGAGGGUGAAUCGGGGUCACUGCCAUUUGAAGGGUCACGGAGUUUCUCUUUGGAUGGCACCCGCACCAGCCUUCAGAGGAUGCCAAGACAUCGAAAAGUUGCAGCUGAGUCUCAGUCCACGAAUUUUUUUUACGUCGUGCCUGACAAAGUUAGAGGGCAGGCACUGGUAGAUCACCGCGAAAUGUUAGCGCGGCACUUGGUGGGCGAAACAAGUCUGGAGGCACUCUCACGACAAGAUCUAUGUGUGCAAGAGGCGGAGUCGUUUUCCCUCAUUAUACAAUUGAUGUUUCAAGACCGAAAAGAUCAGGCAAUUUUUUCCUACGGACGCCAACAAAAGGAGGACAAGUGGUGGGAGGCCUUCCAGGAUGCUCAGACCUUUUUAGCGAAGGAGGAGGAGCGGCGCAAUUUGAUCGUUAGCAAGGAGCACCUUGAUCGCCGGAAACUAGAUGCUUCCUUCCUUGGCAGAGAUGUAGACGACGAUAGCGAAGAGAGCGACGCCGAGCGCACAAAAAACUGGUACUUGUCUGCAUUCCAUCUUGCGCUCCAGCAGACCGCACUGACCGAGGACGUCGCACGACAAAGGACGUACUUGGAAUACAACAAGCGGUUUGAGGAGAUCCAGUCGAAGUUUCGAGCCAUACUAACCUCUCUCAAAAACAUAGCACCGGUACGUUUUAACCGUCUCAGCACGUUUACCACCCUCGUAUCGGAAAGCAAAGAGGACCUCCUCAAUAACUACGAGCAAAUGUUAGACAAUAUAAUGGAUGAUGAGAUUUAUGAUCUUGUAGAAACAUUACUUGUUCGAAGCGCUACGACACGUACAAAUCGCACCACACAAGCUAACGAUCACGAGGAGGCUCAACAGCAUAAAGGCAUGUUGGACGAAGAAUCAUACCAAAAAUCAACACAUCAACUACAUUUAUAUGGAAAACAAUCAUUUCCAUCCAUUCAGGUAGCACCCCACUACCCCCAGUUAACCAUAGAUAAUUCGCUAACACUAGAGCACGACGAAGAAAAAGAACGAGACCGACUCCACGACAGCGAAAUUCUAGAACUCAUAAAACUUAUUAAAGGAGCAGAAAAAGUAUUGUUGAGCAACCAAGAAAAAAAAAGAAGUCUAUGCCUUCCAUUGCACUACAAGAUGAGCAAAACAUAA